CAAUCCUCCUACCUCUACCAUCUAUCUAUAUCUGUCUCUACUCUCUCUUCUUUUCAUACCCAUGGUCUCAUCAUUUCUCUCUUUCUCUUUCUAAACGGAGACUACUACUGUUGCUGCCUGCCUGCCUGCCUGCCUGCCCUGCUGCUGCUACUGCUACUGCUACUGCUACUUGUUCCACUAUUUCCAAAGAAAAAAAAAAACGAAAAAAGCAUCCCUUCCUCAUAUCUCUCUCCUCCUUUGGAACUCCACCGAGCAACACAACCCAAAUAUUUGUUAUUAUUAUAGAUAUGAACAUAGGGAGUAUGGAUUCUUCUUCCGGUCCCAACAAUUCCCUUGCUUUCUCUCUUUCCAGCCAUCACCACCACCAAAAUCAUCUCAGCUUCUUCUCUUCUUCUUCUAACCCCGCUCUCUUUCAAGCUUUCAACACUUCCGCAGCCGCCGCCGUCCCAACAACAACAUCACCCGCAAACUCGUUAUCAGCCGAAAAAGAUGCAGGUGGCGAAGGUCCAGCUACAACCGCUAGUGCAACAACAGACUUGUCCAUGUUUAAAGGUGGCCCGAAACUCGAGGAUUUUCUUGGCGGUUCUUCUACUACACCUGGAGUUGGAGGUGCACCUCAACUGCAGUUGCUUCAUCAUCAUAACUUCUCUACUCAAACACCCGUGACUGUUUCUGACAACGAUAUAUAUGAUUCUGAGCUCAAAACCAUUGCUGCUAUAUUUCUUCGUGGAUUUUCCUCUGAGCAAAUCGAUAUUCACAAACAACAGCAACAAGCACCUAUAGCUGAGCCUGCACCCAAAAGAUCUGUUGAUACUUUUGGCCAACGUACCUCGAUCUACCGGGGUGUCACCAGGCAUAGAUGGACUGGAAGGUAUGAAGCUCACUUGUGGGACAAUAGUUGCAGAAGAGAAGGCCAAAGUAGGAAAGGAAGGCAAGUUUAUUUGGGUGGCUAUGACAAGGAAGAUAAAGCUGCAAGAGCUUAUGAUCUUGCGGCUCUCAAGUACUGGGGUCCGACCACUACUACCAACUUUCCGAUUUCAAACUAUGAGAAGGAGCUCGAAGAGAUGAAGAACAUGACUAGGCAAGAGUUCGUUGCUUCUCUCCGGAGGAAAAGUAGUGGAUUUUCUAGGGGUGCUUCAAUUUACAGAGGAGUGACAAGGCAUCAUCAACAUGGUAGGUGGCAAGCAAGAAUUGGAAGAGUUGCAGGCAACAAAGAUCUCUAUCUUGGCACAUUUAGCACCCAAGAAGAAGCAGCUGAAGCCUAUGAUAUUGCAGCAAUCAAGUUUAGAGGCUUAAACGCGGUUACAAAUUUUGAUAUGAGCCGCUACGAUGUAAACAGCAUUGCAAACAGCAAUCUUCCCAUUGGAGGACUGAACAACAAAUCCAAAAACUGCAAUGAUUCAGCUUCUGAUAGGAGCACCGAUGAGGAGCGAGAUCACUCUGGAUCAUCAGGCAUGACCUUUACAUCUCAGCCCACUGCAUGCUCCACAGUAGGCUUUGCAAUUAACAUCAAGCAAGACCCAUCCGAUUAUUGGUCAAACGUUCUCGGAUACAAUGAUACUGGUGCUUCCUUAAGCAGUGCCAAGAACCCUAUGUUUCAUCACUCACCAAAUGGAUCCGGUUUCCAAAGUCCAAGUGGAUUCUGUACUGGCAAUGGUGGGAAUUCUGCAGUCAAUGGAAGCAUUAAUAAUGGGUUAUUCAAUCGAGGUGGCUAUGUUGGGCAGGAGCAACAAGAGAGCAGUGCUGCUACUAAUUCCCACCCAUUGGCAACGCCAAUUGUCUUAAAUAAUAGCGAUAAUUAUGAGAGCUCGUCUUCUGGCUAUGGUGGUAACUGGAAUCUCGCACAGUCGUUUCAAUCUACUUAUCAAACUGCAAAGCCAAGUCUCUCAGUGUUCCAAACACCAAUUUUUGGCAUGGAAUGAAAUCAGCUUCACAUAGACAAUAACUGUGGAAAAAAUCUGUGGGAAGGCCGAUGCAUUGCAGAGUUGGAAGGGGGUAGGGUUGUUAACCUUUCUUGAAUAGGUGAGAUUGGAAUGACAAAUCAUUUCAUAGGAGCUGACAGGGCCAACUCAAGUUCUUUUGUUAAUUAAGGGCGUUCGGGUCCAUUUCUUUCGUUUCUUUUAGCUUUUAUCCUUCACUGACAUGAGUAAAAUAUAUAUAUGUAUUAUGUAAUGUGUGGGUAUAACCGUAAAACGAAAAUGGAAAUCCUUUCCUCUAA